AUGACGACAGCUCAUAGGCCAACAUGGGCCCCUGCAAAGGGUGGAGAGGAGCAGGGUGGCCAAAGGAUAUAUGCACCAAGUCGGAUGGCUUCCGCAAAGGAUCAAGCUUCCCACACCAAACUCAAGUUCAGCGACAUGCAGUUGUUGGAGAACGGCUUGCAAGAGGCCGGGAAGGGAAAGAUGCUUGUUCCAAAAGCCAUAGAUGCUGACGAUGAGGACAAUCCUAGCCCGUCUGAUGACGACUCUGACGGCGAUGAGGACGACGAGGCAGAGCUGCUAGCCGAGCUGGAGCGCAUAAAAAAAGAGCGAGAAGAAGCGGCCGCAAAACGAGCGGAUGAGGAAGCCUCUGCGGCUGCGUCAAGCUUGCAGGAGGAGCUCAUACGGGGGAACCCUCUUAUCAUCGGCAAGUUUGACAAGUCAGCAGACUUUCAGGUGCGGAAGCGCUGGGAUGACGAUGUCGUCUUCCGCAACCAAGAGAGGGGCGAGGUUAAGGCUCAGAAGCGGUACAUUAACGACACAAUCCGCAACGAUUUCCACAGGCGUUUCCUGAACCGAUAUAUCAAGUAG